CGCCCGCCUCCCGCCACCGCACUUUCACCCGCCGCCGCCGCGUCCUCUCCUCCUCCUCCUCCUCCUCUGCGCCCCCGGCCCCGGUGCCCGCCCGUGCCAUGGAUGCCAAGGUCGUCGCCCUGCUGGCCCUCGUGCUGGCUGCGCUGUGUCUCAGCGACGGGAAACCGGUAAGCCUGAGCUACAGAUGUCCCUGCCGAUUCUUCGAGAGCCAUGUUGCCAGAGCCAAUGUCAGACAUCUCAAAAUCCUUAGCACUCCCAACUGUGCCCUCCAAAUCGUGGCAAGACUGAAGAGCAACAAUAGACAAGUGUGCAUUGAUCCAAAACUGAAGUGGAUUCAGGAAUACCUGGAUAAAGCUUUAAACAAGGGGAGCAGAGAAGAAAAAGUGGGGAAAAGAGAAAAGAUAGGAAAAAAGAAGCGACAGAAGAAGAGAAAGGCUGCUCAGAAAAGGAAAAUCUAGUUCUCUGCCACCUCCAGAUGGACUGCAGUGCCUUCUGCUCUCACCUCUGCCAACUCUCUGUAAAUUUGUUCUCACCUUCCUCCAGGGCCAGCCUGUUGCCUACUGGGGUCCACUUAGGCUUCUGUGGGGGCAGCACAUUAUCACCCCAUCAGGCCCUACUGGUUGCUAUAUUUAUGUGCUUUUUGAAUAGCUUUUGCUGGCCUACUAAUUUAUGAAAGAGAUAGUUGUACAGAAAUGGGAAUAUGGGUCCACGUGUAUGGGAAACUAUCUAGAAUACCCACUUGAUCUCCUGCAUCUCCUUAGUUUGUUGAACCCCCCCACCUCAUCCUCCAAUCUACACUCCCUUUCUUAGAGUCCCUGAUGACUCUUGAACUCACACAGCUCCACACACAUUUCCAUCCAAGACCGAGAUGAAUGGCCUCCAGGCCAAUGCAUGCAGUUGUCUCCCUUGAAACAGUCAGCCUUCACUUGUCAGGGGUCUGUGCCCACCAACCUUUCAAUUCCUACUGGUAGUGCCACCACCCAUCAUCAACUUCCUGGGGCAAAGCUGAAUAUGGCCUGGCUAUUCAGAGGUGACUCCUCCAGAUGCCUGGGGGCUGGCCCUCUGCCAACCUCCCUGCUGGAUGGAACUUCUCUAGCGCCCCUUCUGGGCCUUGCAUUGUGUGAGCUACUUUACUUCAGUGGAUUUCUGGAGAUCUUAUGGGGGAGAGAAUGUGGCUGUAGAAAUACUUCUCAGGGAGCCCUCUCACCAGGCAAUCCAGUGUGUAGCUUUUGUCCUUGACUCGGUGUAUGAAGAAUCUACAGCUCCAGGAACUCCUCACUUAUUUUCAUGAGGUUCUGGGAAGCAGGGGAAGAGAAUAAGGUGAUUGUGGGUGAGUGGGUACAGCUGCCUCUAGUCUCAUUCAUGGGAACUAUCUGCUUAAACUGAAUGUAGUUUAAUUUUGUUCUCUUCCUUCCCAAUAUGCGUAAGAGAUUUCUUGCCAAGUCUUUGUAAUUUGGACCAGAAGGAAAAGAAAACAGAUGGGGGACUGAGUCCCUCUUUCAGUCAUGCUUUAAAAAAGAACACAGUUUGAGUAACUAAGCUCCUCACCACACACAACCUUUGGCAUGUAUCAACAUGCACCCUGGACCUCUCCUCCUGGUUCCAGUAUGCAGAAGAAUGAUUUGGUUUGAGGAUGGAGAAGAUAGAUUUCAUAAAGCACUGAGUCCUCAUGUGUUAACAAGAACUGUUGAUGAUCUUAGCUAUUUGCUUGCUCCUCUGGAGAAGUUUCACCCUGGAUAGUGCAAAGACCUUUGCUUCACAAGGAAGUCUCUUUUAUCUGGCGAAGUAU